AUGGAUCCCCUCAGCAUCGCCGCUUCCAUUGUGGGCAUUACCAUGGCUGCUCUUCAAAGUGCUCAGUUCCUCACCAACUUGAUCGACAGUAUCGCUGAGGCUCCCGCCACCGUUGCGGGUAUCAGCACCGACCUUCUGGCAAUUCAGGCUACUUUGCAAAGUCUUGCUAGAGCAUUGCAAGAAGGUUCUUCCCAGAUUCUUCUAAGUGAACAGGUCAAGCAUGCUGUAGAGAACUGCCAUACAGCGUGCAGGACUUUUCAGAUGCAAGUAGAGCACUGGACAAAGCAUUCUACAAAGGACAAGAUGUUCUGGAUGGACAGAUGGAAGCUUGGGCUUUUUGGACUAGAGCGGAUUAAGAUAUUCAGGGAACAGCUUGGUAAUUGCAAGAGCACCCUUAGUAUAGCACUCUCAACUGCGACGACUGUUACUAUGUUCCGUCAAGACAAUGUGAUGCAAGAGAUGAAGGAUAUGAUGCUUAAAUACCACGAGGACAUUCUCCAGCAGCAGUUGGAUCGAGCGAAUACUGAAACAGCAAAGACAGAAGAUGUCAUACAGCAACUCACGACGCGCGGUGGCGAGUCCGGCCCAGUAUCACAGGAUCGGGAAUCAGAACAGAGUAGACAGGAGAUUCUCCGCGAAUUUGGGCGACAGGAAGCGACGCACAAUGUCUUGAGAGAUAUGUGUAUAGAGGCACUUUCUCAAACAGUCUAUGAGCGCACAGGACAAAAGAUCAAGGGCGUUACAGCGACAAACAACAGUUCAGCUCUUGCUGGAUUCAUCAACGCUUCUGGAGAAGAGUUGAGGAUUGAUCAGGACAUCUCAGACGUUGCUGCUGACAACUGGAGUAUUGCAGCCGCUGGAGUCAUCAAGAAUAUGGACUUCAAUGCUAUGGUUUCAGGUAAGCCAGGCCAAAGCGGUCGCGACAUCAUGCGUGAGCUAUAG